AUGCCUACUUUGAAUCGAGGAAGUUCGGUAUACCAUUCGACGUAUGCCCUAUAUUGGCGUGACGCGAGCGGCAAGCUGUUGGCGGUUGAAGGCAACGGGUCCAGUGAAGUGCGUCAGGCAUGGCCACAGGUAUGGGAUGGGAUUGCCGCAAACAGCAAGAAGCGAACCACAAUCAGAUUGCCCUCUGGGAGACAGAUCGACAGCUAUCAGAUCAAAUUAGGCCUGCCCGCCCUUCUAGAUGGGGGCCGUUUGGAUUCUGGGCAUCAAUUGACGCAAAUCCGAGAGCUGCAGAGUAACAACGGGCUUAUUCUGGGGCUUGUCACAUCUGGGCACUCAAACAACUCCUCAAAUGCCGAACUCGAUGACUGGUUCGAAAAGUUCCUUCUCCUGCGAACAGAAUUCGAGCCGUUCAAUGCCCUAUCAGAGACCUCAAAUCAAGAGGCACGACGGAUUGCAGUACAGAUUUCCGAUUUAUUCGACGAAAAGCUCAGGAAUAUUGCCCCGAAUGACCAGUGGAGUUCCGGCGGGGGCAUGGAGUAUUUCAGGAACCGCGUCUAUGGCUUCGUCGACAAGGGUCUGCCUGUCAUCUUUUGUUUGCCGGCAUUUCCGUGCAAAUCUCCCAACCCACAAAAAGUCGGAGGAGAAUAUCCGGAUGCAGCGGAGUAUUAUGCAUUGGUGACGUUACUCGACUUCCUUCGAGCAGUGUCUUUGGUCUAUAAACCCGGAGCUAUAUUGUGGAUCAUCAGUGACGGCCAUGUGUUUUCGGAUUGCAUCGGCGUCGACGACAUCAAGGUAGAUGAAUAUAAAGACAGGCUCAUGGAAAUGCACAACGAAAUAUGUACCGAUGAGAAGCAACGCGGAUACAUUCAAUUUAUGGGACUGCAGGAGAUCUUCCUCUCCGACCCUGACUUGACAAACCAACUCUCACCUGCAUGGAUGAAGAACAUCGAGCUGGCACAUCCCGUUGGAACCAAACUCACAGAAGAUGCAGAGCUUUGCAGGAAGCUGCUUAUGGAAAUGUGUCAAACAGACCGGGGGUAUCUCCGAAAGUUAAUCCAGGAACAGGAAUCGCAUGCACUUCAGAUGUACAGGGGUCUCUCACGAUUCAUGCUGAGAGAUCUGGGCAGUCACUCUUCAAUGAAGGGGUUGAGCAGCAAGCAGCAGAAGAAGCUAUCCAGUAGCGUCGCCACUGAAAUGAUCCUUCGGAAUCAAGCAUAUUCGAACCUGGUCGAGCUUCUGUUCCCCAACUAUGUGCGUCUGUCAAUCCAUGCCCAUAACAACAAAGGGCCCAAGUUCGGUAUCAAACUCUUCCCAAAAUCAACGGUCCGUUCAAUUAGUUCUUUGGAGACACGACAUGAAACCCAUACUACUGAUGACUUCCACCUGCCGACCCCCUGGCACAAUUCCAUCAUCAAGGUUAGCGGAGACAGGCACAUGUACCUGACCGCAGCAGACGUCGCCCACGCCGGAAUCAAUGGGGCUCUCUUCAAAGGCUCUUGGGUAUCCGGCCCCAACGGUGGGCACUUCUCUCUGACUAGCACAGAGCAACCGACAACUGAAAAGCCCGCUCAAGAUACGUAUCAACAAUCUGGGCUGUUCAGCAUUAUCCAGUGGCUAUGGUUCAGUAUCACCAAGCCCUUCUGGACUCUCUGGCAAUAG